UCUUGCCCAGAUGAUCCAUACAGCCACUACCAAACAGUCCGAAUGGAUGAGUAAUUUGAUCCAAAUGCAGGCCACCCAUAUGGAAAGGAUGGAGCAGAUAAUGAGCAGGUUGAUCAAGCCUAACCCGGCCCCUGCUCGGCCUGCCCCUGCGUCAUUUCCACUCCUACCUGCCCCACCUACUCCAGGUUACGCACCUCAGUUCCCUCAUCUAGCGAAUCAGGCCAGAAAGAUUGAGUGUUUUAACUGCAAACAGCCCGGACAUUUCGCCCGCGAUUGCCCGCAGCCCAGGCGAAGUCAGCACCCACCUGCGGCGGCCCCCGUGGCCCUGAAUCAAGGACGAGUGGCCGCUUUGAUGGAUACGAACCAAGGAGGAGAACUCGGGGCAUAUGCCCCCGAGCAGCCUUCCCCGUCGUUGAUAACAGCGUCAACCUCGGGAGCUUCUUCCUCUGACGCCGCUAACGUGGUCGACCCUCUCGAGUAUCUCCAUCUCGCAGGCAUUAUCGGAGCAAUCCGAUCGGUCCCAGAUGAUCUUAAGUGGGACGAUCGCGAAUCCAAUCCAGAAUCGCAGUUUCGGACAGGAGAUAUUGACGUACUGAGAACACUCAAGCAGUUAGACAUUCGUGUGCCCGUCCCAGUGGGACAUCUGCUCACCAUAUCUGAAGUGGCGAACGAUAAGCUUCUACAACAAUGCCAGAAAAAUCAAAAGCGUUUUACUUAUCAGCACAUACAACGGAUGUUGAAGACGAAGGAAGGAAGCGCGGAAGUCGCAUCUCCCGAACCUGACACAAAAGAGCCCGAACCUGAAGCCGCCCGUAUAGCAGCAAUCUCUUUAGCAGAAAAAGAUCACUUCGUACGAGCUCGACCGGCGCUAUGGAAAAGUGCGGAAUGUGACUGUGAAGUUUGGGGCAAGCCGUUUAAUGCCCUUAUCGACACAGGGUCGUCUGCAGUGGCCAUAUCGUUAGAUACCGUCAAGAAGACGGGGCGACUUGAGUCCAUUCUUCCUCAAUCUGGCAAAGACAACUAUGUCUCUGCCGACGAGGAAACAAUGAACAUUGUAGGGAUUAUCGAAAACGUGGUUGUAAAAGUCGGACGAGUACACGUCCUAGUUAACGCACUUCUAAUCAACUGGGUUCGAUGUCCGAUGGGAAUUUGCAAUGCGCCUACCACGUUUCAGCGGGCCAUGAAUAUGGCUUUUCAUAAUUUCGUACGGAAGGCUCGUCUAGCGCAGAGCAUCAUCAACUACUGCGUGAUUGAGUACAUGGAUGACAUCCUAGUGUAUUUGAGCUCCUACGAGGGACACGUGCAGCACAUUGAAUGGGCACUUCAUGCGUUACGAGAUGAAGGUUUCAAGGUGGCGCUUGAGAAGUGUCAGUUUUUCCUCACCAUCAUUCCCUUCCUGGGGCACGUGGUCACGGACAAGGAACUCCAACCGGAGCCGCUGAAGGUGGCAGUUGUUAGGGACGCGCCAGUGCCUACCACUAUCACGCAAGUUCGCGCUUUCCUAUGCCUAGCCUCAUAUUACCAAAGAAUUAUCAAGGGCUUCGCGGCGAUUGCGGGACCCCUCACAAAUCUCCUGCGAAAGGAUCAGCCCUUGAUCUGGACGCCAGAGUGCGAUCAAGCGUUUUCCAAACUCAAGGUUGCUCUCAUUUCGGCUCCGGUCCUUAUAAGACCAGAUCCUGAAAAGCCUUUUGUUCUCAUCACCAACUGGCAGCCAGAGGCGAUUUCGGCGAUCCUUGCCCAGGUGAGACCAAUCGGACUCGAAAAUGUGGUAGAAUAUGCGUCCCAAUUGGUGCCCGCCUGCAAGCGCAAUUACGCCGCUCCAACGGGCGAAUGCUAUGCGGCUCUCUGGGGGAUCAGUCACUUUCGAGCUUACCUGUACGGGCGAAAAUUCACCUUGGUGACUGAUCAUGAGCCCCUGUUUGCUCUGAAGAAGUCGAAGGAUAACUCAGGCAUGAUCAACCGAUGGGCAACAGUGUUGCAGCGCAUGGACUUUGACAUCCGCCAUCGGAAGCACGAGAGACACAGGAAUGCGGAUGGGCUGACACGUCUUCAUCGGCCUGAGAAGAUUCCAAAGGGUGGGAAGGUGAUUCCGUGAAACGAACCCGAACAGGAGAUCGGACCUCGGUACGACUAAGUGGAGAUCUUAUCGAAGCAGUAAGUGGCACGAGGACUAAUUGUUUUAUUCUACCCUCCCUACAUCCUCUCCUCCUCUAGCAUCAUGGCUACUCCACUCGCCUCCGCAACCCCUUCAUCUCCUGCUAAUACUGCCCCUCGCACGUCCUCUGCUUUCUUUGCCACCCUCUCCGAUAAAUUAUGUUAUUUUUGCACGUGCAUUGCACGGGUUUAUGGGGUUGACUGUCAUCCCUUCGAAACAGGGUUUGUCGAUUGGGUAGAAUGUGCCACGUGUGUCAACCGUGCGCACGAGGCCUGCGUUCGAUAUCGGACAAAUAGCAAGGAAUGGAGGUGCCCCCUAUGUAGAACGAACAAGCUCCCUCCGGAGGUUCGAUUCGAGGCCGCCCGCACGGACAGACCUGAAUACGACGAGAAAUACCGACGAGCGGAAGUCUGGACGGAUAAAAUUUUAUUGGCAAA